AUGGUGGCCGAAACCAAAAUUAGUGAUCCUUAUACGAUCUCCUACUUGCCUCGGCUAGGUGUAGAGGUUGAGGGUGGACAGAACUAUAAAGUGGCAAAUAUUGAGUCCAAAGAUAACAAUUUCAUAGAUAUAGCCAUAAGUGGGUCUUUUGUAGGAACGUACAUCCUAAAACCCACUCCAAAGUUGAUCUGGUCCCAUGGUUUGAGUCCGAGCACUAAAGUUAAUAGCAUUAAUGUGGUCCAAAAUCAAGAUAUCUCUGAAGGAUCCAAGAAUUAUUUGGUUGGCCUGUCAGAGAAAAAGAAGCAUUCCCUUUCCUUAUUCAAGUACCAAGAAUCAACCAAUGAGCAAAUGUUGGAAGUUGCCACUGAUGACGCAGUUGUGGAAAUUGAAGAGUUAUACAGGAAUUCCAACAUUGUUUUUGGUUUGGAACAAUCAGGUAAAGUUGUACUGUAUGACAUUAGUGUGAAUAUAACACCAAUCGCUACGUUGAAACCCACCAUAGGUUCUGAGGUGAGAGUUGUAUUUCACAAAUUCAUACCAGAUGGAAAAGGGUUUUUGCUGAUUGUGGAAAGAGUCAACCAAUCUCUGUCUGUAAGGCUCGUUGGUUUGGACACAACUUCUGCUUUCAACGCUUCCACCCAUCAGCUUGACGGCUUGAAUGCUGAAAUUUUUGAAUACAAUGAUGGUAAUUUACUAGCACUAGAUGCUAAAUCAAAAGAACUGUCCUUUUUCUCUCUACCAGAGUUACAAAAAGUGAAGACUAUUAGCCUGUCAAACGUUUUGGAGAGUGCUUCUUCUGAUAAUUUAUUGUGGUCACUCAAGUCUGUGGCUCCUAACAGAGUACUGCUUUCCUUCAAAAACGACAUUUACCUUUUGGAUACCAAGUACCAAUCAUUACUAGCCACUUUCUCCACUACAUCCCAUAAAUCUAUUACUCUAUUGAACAGUCCCUCCCAAGUGAGUGGGGAUACUCCAACGACUAGAGAAACUUUCGUUGUGGCCGCCGUGAAAAAUAGCAAAGAAAACCUUAGCAAACUAAAGCAUUACACAGUUGACGUUGGAACGGGCAAACUAAGUGAUUCUGUGGGAAAAAGUCUGAACAGUAAACCAUCCGAAUUGUUCACUGCAAUCCCAUUCUUGAGUCCGAGUUUCAACCCUUCGAACGAGACUAGGGUAUUGAAUGCCGAGUUGAAAAAAGUUUAUGAACAUUUGGUAACAGCUUCUGCCUCCAAGGACGUGAAAGCGUGGGAGAAAAUAUGCGUUCCCUUUUUAAGGAAUACUCCCCUGGAUAAAAUUUUAAAGGGCAAGGCGAAUACUAAAUCCAUUAAAACAGAUAACGAGUUUCAUGUUCAUGAGCCAAAGACUGACCGUGUGGUGGAUUAUACUUUUAUUGGACUAAUUUGUUCAUUGAUUUUCGAUGACCUCGACUUGGAUGCUUUUAAUCCUGAAAGGUCUCUAACUUAUCUGCUGACUCAUCCCCUAUUCCCCAAAGAGUUCACAGAAGGCUUACUGGAGAAGUUAAAACCGCAUCCGAGAUUAUUCAGACAGGCUAUUGUGACCUGUCCAAAUAUAGCUUGUAUUGAUUUGAUUUACCAAUUGCAUGGCGUUGAGAAUGAUGAAAUAGUCAAGGACUUACUCGUAAGAUUAUCUGACGAGUUCAAAAGUGAAACUAUUACUCAGGAGACUGCCAAAUUAGCCAACACCAAAAACAAAGAUGAAUUUGACCUUAAUAUUGUUAUCAGUAAGAUUAUGAGGCUAAACUUUGGUUAUGAAGUUCUUAAUGCAUUUGUUGAUUCUAACGGUUUGGCCUUGAGUUUGAACUUAUCCUCUACAGAAUCCAACUUGUCUAAGCUAAUUGACCAAGUGAACGGCAGAAUUGAGACUUUGAUCGAAAACUCUGAAAUUUUGACACUAGUUAACCAGUCACUAAUUCAUUACUCCAAGAUCAAGCAAUCAAAGAAGGAAAUGAAUGGCUCCAUAGUUGAGAGCAACGGUCCUGUUUCUGUUGUUAUCGAUGAGUCUCGUAGCAAGAUCGAUAACAUGCUGGAUAUUAGCGGUAAGUCGACCAAGGCCAUCAAGGUAGCUUCACCGUCUUUCAUUCCGUCUUAUCAGUAUGAACAGUUAAAGUUAUAG